UGUUUGCCAAUAUAAAGGGUUAUUGCCAUCAUUUUUUUUCCCACUAAAAGCCUUCACCCUUAGAAAUGGCAUCAUUCAGUUUUUAUCUAGUAUUAAUGAUCAUCAUGGUUUUCAUGCCUUCACCUCUCCUUUCCUCCUAUUCACAAUCACAACCUCUUCCUGAACUUCCCACACUUCCCACACUCUCCUCAGAUCCUUCUCCAUCUUCACUCUUACCUUCCCAAGCUUUGUCACCCGACAUUGUUCCACUUUUGCCUUCUUCUGGUGGUGCUUUACCAACUCCUACAGGCUCUGACAUUCCCACCAUUCCUUCCAAUCCAAGUCCUCCAAACCCAGAUGACAUCAUUGCUCCAGGACCCUUUUCUGCAUUUGCACCAUAUGGAUCAAUACAGGCUGCUUCCAAUGCUCAUAGAAGUGUAGUUUUUGACAGAGCCAUUACUGUUUUUGCAUGUUUAGCAGCAGCAUAUCUUUCUUUGCAGUAAAUGAUUUGUGAUGUGCCAUAUUCCACUUUCUUGUUUGUUAAUUUUUCAUUCUUAGUACCUUGUAGUAUAUGAUGAUUAUUAUAAUGAAAUUCAGUUUCUUUCUCAAA